AUGGCAAAUGACAUCAUAAAAUCAGUAGAACAUUCAUCUAAAAUUCCUCAGAAAAAUGAUCCACAACAGGCCUCUGAUAGAACAUUUUUCAUGGAUGCUUCGAAUCAGAGCUUGGCUACCAUUCCAUCAGAGAUCUUAGAAUUACAAGAAUUAGAAGAAGUGCAUCUGGAAAACAACCAGAUUGAAGAAAUCCCCAGGGAUAUUCAGCGUUUAAAGAACAUGAGAAUCCUUUACCUGAACAAAAACAAGCUGAGGACGCUGUGCCCCGAGCUGGGGGAGCUGAGCAGCCUGGAGGGCCUGGACCUGAGCGACAACCCUCUGCUGCCGUCCUCCCUUCCCGUCCUCAGCGGCAUCCGCACGCUGCGCGAGCUUCGCCUCUACCACACCGACCUGGAGGAGAUCCCCGUCGUCAUCUUUAAACUCCUUCACCAUCUCGAGCUGCUGGGACUGGCCGGAAACCACCUGAAAUCUCUGCCCAAAGAAAUAGUGAACGAGACCAAACUCAGGGAGAUCUACCUGAAGCAAAACAAAUUUGAAGUGUUCCCUCCUGAGCUGUGUCUUCUCUACAACCUGGAGAUCAUUGACCUGGAUGAGAACAAACUAAGUGUCAUCCCAGAAGAGAUCAGGAACCUGGAGAGGCUGCAAAAGUUCUUUGUGGCUUAUAACAGCCUGCCCUGCCUACCCGAGUCGCUGUGCCAGUGCAGACAACUGUCAGUGCUGGAUUUAUCCCACAACCGCCUCCACACCAUCCCGCGCGCCCUCGCCCAGCUCCCGGGGAUGACGGAGGUGGCGCUGAGCGGGAACCACCUGGAGAAGGUGCCGCGCCUCCUCUGCAAGUGGACCUCGCUGCUGCUGCUCUACCUGCGCUGCACCGGCCUGCGCUCGCUGCCGCGCUCCUUCCGGAGGCUGGUGCACCUGCGCUUCCUGGAUCUCAGCCAGAACCAUCUAGUACACUGUCCGUUGCCGAUCUGUGCGCUGAAGGACCUGGAGAUCUUGGCACUGGAUGAUAAUAAAAUAUGGCAGUUACCUCCAGACUUCAGCUCACUUUCAAAAUUGAAGAUGCUUGGACUAACCGGAAAUCAGUUCUUUUCAUUUCCAGAAGAAAUCCUUUCUUUAGAGUCUUUAGAGAAAUUAUACAUUGGGCAAGAUCAGGGAACCAAGCUCACCUCCAUGCCAGAAUCCAUCAGGAGACUACAGAGUCUGAAAGAGCUGCAUAUAGAGAACAAUCAUCUGCAGUACCUGCCUGUGUCCUUGGGAUCAAUGCCUAACUUGGAAAUUCUGGAUUGCCGCCACAAUCUGCUUAAGCAACUUCCAGAUGCCAUUUGCCAAGCACAAGCUUUGAAAGAAUUACUGCUGGAGGACAACUUGCUCACCUGCAUUCCGGAGAAUUUGGAUAGUCUGGCGAAUCUAAAGACCCUGACACUGACGGACAAUCCCAUGGAAGACCCCCCAAAAGAAGUGUACGCUGAAGGCACUGAGGCCAUACGGGCCUACCUCCGGAAAAAAAGAAAGGAGAAAAUUAUGGCAACAAAGAUUCAGGCAUGGUGGCGUGGAACGAUGGUACGGAAAGGACUUGGGGUAUUUGAAGAACUGGUAAAAUUGCAAAAGAAAGGAAAGAAUUCUCCAAAAGAUAAGAAAGGAAAGAAGGACGUAAAAGGAAAACCUGUAAAGGGAAAUAAAAAGUAA